AUAAUCAUGAAUGAUUUGCACUCGAGGAUGUAUGUAAUAACGCGACCAGUUCAGUUGAGAAUUGUUUGGCCAAAGUUCAUUCUCGAAGGAAGAUGGUUGAUAAACAUUGUAUUGUGGUUCCAACCGUGUUGUGGAUAAUGUCUGGUUGUUCGUUCCAUUUUGGAGUGGAAGCACAAAGACGACCGAUUUCUAAAAACGGGGCUGAAAAGUUUGGUACCCUGGCAGACUUCAAUCUCGUUGAUAAUGGCCUGUAUUCCGGAGACACACGACGGGGGUUGCCCCAUGGCGAUGGGUUGUUGGUUUUCUUUACCACGGAUAGAGAGAAAAGAUACAAUUAUUCGGGUGAAUGGUUCAAUGGUCGCCGCCAGGGUCAUGGAGUGCUUAACUUCCGCGAUGGAACGGUAUACGAGGGUCAUUUUGACAAAAACCAACCCAAUGGACGUGGGAAGAUCAGCUAUUACAAUGGCGAUGAAUUCCAGGGGUUCUUCAUCCAGGGAAAAAGAGAUGGACAAGGCAUGCUCACGUUUAAUACAGGAGCCAGACGAGAAGGUGAAUGGAAAAAGGAUCUCCUGAACGGUUUCGUCUUCUACCAUCCCAGUCAAGCUCCCAAUAGGUUGGGACCGGUGGAAAUCGAGCGAUGGGAGAAUGGGAAACGAAAGCCCGAUGGAGCUACAGAGCGAGCCAUCGCCCAAGAUGACCGCAAUCAAAGCCAAAGGAGAAUAAUGAACGAGACCCGUCAAACAAAUUUCACUUUUGAGGUCCCCUCGGCCUUUGCACGCGGGGGUUCGAGAAUUGUGCUGGGUAACGCGGAAAAGCUGAAUCUGGUGAGCAAUUCAGGUAGUCCUUCAUUGGUGGCAACGGACCCAGACCCGCUGAAUGGAACGGAGGAAUUUCAUUUCCGAACCCCAAGAAAUGGAACUGGAAUCCAUGGUCAAAGUCGAUCCGGAUGCCGUUCUCGACGUCAAGAUAGGACUCUGCUUAAAGAGAUCUACGAUUGGGUGCAAGGGAGUGUCUCUCCAGGAUUGGGAGAUAAGGAUGAGGAGGACGAGUGCUGAUUGCGCAUUGUCCAGCCCAGAUAAUGGAGAGAUUUCUCAUUGAUAUUUUUGGGGACAACUUGCUUGAUGCGUGUUAUAAGUUAGGGUGGUUGCGCUCUUGGCAGAUGACAAGGGCAGACACGCCAUGCUUUAUGAGAAUGAAUUGCUGUGAUAUCUUUUUGUUUGUGCAAGCAUAUAUUUUUGACAGCCACA